AAGAUUAGGGUUUUCUUUGUGGAGAAGAAAUCUGCCUCCACUCUUCAUUCCCCAACUUUUGUCUGUUCUGCAAUUGACACGUGUCACGUUGCUUCAGGUUUACAAUGCUUCCGGAUGUCUUCCUCGGCUUGAUUCAGUUCUUUUAAUAUCCUGUCAUUUCAGCAUUUCCAUCUAUAUCCUUUCUGACUAGCCUCUGAACACUUUGGUAUUUGUUAAAUAUCUGCCCCCAAAAAUCUGUUCCUCGGUGAGACGUGUUUCCCCUUGGCAACCUGACCCACUCAGAAGAUGCUUCAGGGGACGCUGCUGCACCUCUGCCCCCCAAUUCGGGACUUUGAUGGUGUUUUGUGGCAGCCACAGAGCCCCAUUUGGGUCACACUGAUCAUCAAGUCAUGUAAAAACACCAGAUUGUUUAAACUGAAAUCUUUCCAUUCUGAGCAACUUCUGUCCCCUAUGAUUUUAUGUUUGAAUAGUCUUUUUUUAAAAAAGGGGGCACACAAGAUUUUGCAAUACAGUUCUCUUUGUUGGUUUUAGGGCAAGCUUCCAGUCUAACUGCUUCAGUUUGUGACCUGACCAUGGAUGGCAACAUGAAGUGAAUGGAAGGGCUGCAGAGGAGCAGAUAUGGAACCAUGGCUGAAGGCGGGAUAGAACAUCAGGGCUUUGAACCUUCCUCCUCCUUGAGGAUCAUCCUGGUAGGCAAAACAGGCAGCGGGAAAAGUGCAACCGGGAACAGCAUCCUCUGCCAGCCUGUGUUUGAGUCCAAGCUGGGGGCCCAGUCGGUGACCAGGAAGUGUCAGAGGGCAACAGGCAUGUGGAAUGGGAGGAGCAUCCUGGUGGUGGACACGCCCCCCAUCUUCGAGUCCAGGGCCCAGGAUCAAGAGGUCUAUGAGAAUAUCGGAGCCUGUUAUCUGCUGUCGGUGCCAGGGCCCCACGUGCUGCUGCUGGUGACCCAGCUGGGGUGCUUCACCGAGCAGGACGCGGUGGCUGCGACCAGGGUGAAGGAGGUCUUUGGGGCAGGAGCCGAGAGAUACAUGGUCAUCCUCUUCACUCACAAGGAGGAUUUGGCGGGCGGAUCCUUGGAUGAGUACGUGGCAAACACAGACAACCUCAGGCUGAGGAGCCUGGUCCAGAAGUGCGGACGGAGGUACUGUGCCUUCAACAACCGGGCCUCCGGGGAUGAGCAGAGAGAGCAGCUGACCCAGCUGAUGACCGUGAUCGAGGGGCUGGAGCGGGAGCACCAGGGCGCCUUCCUCACCAACGAGCUCUUCUUUGAUGCACAGAUGCUGAGACAGAUAAGGGGUGGAGCCCAUGGAGAAGGUCUGAGGCGCUACCUGGAAAAGGUAUGGCUGCAGGUUGCAAAGCAAAAGCAAGACCUGAGAGAGGGUGAGAGAAACGGUGCCUUCAAGGUGCUCCUCCGACUCAAAGCCUGGAUCGUUUCUCAUGCCAAAAUAUUUGUUCUUGUCCUAUGCCUUUUGAUUUUUCUUGCCAUUGUAAUUAGCUUGUAUAGUACACAUCAACGUUGAGCAUUUUCAGAUGA